AGCAAUGACAAUAACGUACUCUCGCAGGGUUGCUGACGCAGGUCUGGGAACCUUCUUCCACCUGCUUCUGCGGUGGAAGGGUAGCAUCUAUAAACUUCUCUACAGAGAGCUCGUCAUCUUCACUCUUCUGUACUACUUCUUCAGUAUUGUUUAUAGAUUUGUCUUAAAUGAUGUCCAGAGGAGGCUGUUUGAGAAGCUGUCUUUAUACUGUGACCGUUAUGCAGAGCUCAUCCCUGUGUCCUUUGUGCUGGGUUUUUAUGUAACCUUGGUUGUGUCCCGUUGGUGGGGCCAGUUUGAGAACGUCCCCUGGCCAGACCGGUUGGCGGCAUUAGUAGGUGGUCAUGUUCAAGGAGCCGAUGAGCCCUCCAGACUGACCCGGCGAACUCUGAUGCGUUACGCAAAUCUCUCGGGUGUGCUUAUCUACCGCUCUGUCAGCACUGCCGUCUACAAGAGGUUUCCCACCAUGGAGCAUCUGGUGCAGGCAGGUUUGAUGACCUCAGAGGAGUUGAAAAACCUAGAGGACUUGCCUUCUCCCCACAACAAGUUCUGGGUUCCCUGCAUGUGGUUUGUCAGUUUGGCUCUGAGGGCUAGGACCGAGGGCCGCAUCAACAAUGACGUGGCACUCACUGCCAUUCUCACUGAGUUGAAUAGUUUGCGGGCAAAGUGUAUGAAGCUGUACGGCUAUGACUGGAUCAGCCUGCCUCUUGUCUACACUCAGGUGGUGACAGUGGCAGUCUACAGCUUCUUCCUGGCUUGUCUGAUUGGUCGCCAGUUCUUGGAUCCAGCUCAGGGAUACCCUGGUCAUGAUGUGGACUUCUACCUGCCUGUUUUCACCCUGUUGCAGUUCUUCUUUUAUGUUGGCUGGCUGAAGGUGGCUGAGCAGCUCAUAAAUCCUUUUGGUGAAGAUGAUGAUGACUUUGAAACCAACUGGCUUGUUGAUCGCAAUCUACAGGUGUCCUUGUUGUCUGUGGAUGACAUGUAUGACAGUCUUCCGCUGGUGGAGAGGGAUAUGUACUGGAAUGAAUCUGAACCUCAGCCGCCAUACACAGCUGCCAGCGCUGAACAUCGCAAACCCUCCUUUAUGGGCUCAGCCCUGGAUAUCAGUGUUCCCAAGGAGGAGAUGGAGUUUCAAUCCAAUCUGGGGCAAAUAAAAGAGAAUGAGGAAGCCAACUACUCCACUCCGCUGCUUGGAGGGCUGGGUCGUCUUCUCGGUGUACAGUCCCCCAAUUUUCCUCGCUCCACCCGGGUCUCUCUGCUGCGCCGCCGCCCUGGAGCUCCGCACAAACGCUUCCCACUGUUUCUGCACCCAGAGUCAGCCCGCCAGCCUUUGAACCAAGAGCGAGAUCCAGACUAUGCCUUCUCCACCAUUCCCUUGUAUGAGAGACCUGGUUUCUACAGCUGCCCGCAAACACCCAUCCAUUGCAUCCCCCCUGCAGUGCCUCGCCCUCGACCUGCCCGGCGACCUCAGAAUGAGUGGGACCGCAGCUGCACCUCCCUUGCUCAUCCAAUGGCCAACUCACAGAUGCUGCCUCCCGACACCCCGAACCACAUCCCUCCACCUCCAUCGUCGGCGUUCCCCUGGUUGAGUGAGGAUAGCGGGGUUCCAACUGCUCCUACCUUCUCCUUUCCCGACCCCCCACCUGAACUCUGCCCAAUAUCUAAACUCAGACCCGGGCAUGGCCUGCUGUCUCGCCGACCUCCACAUCCCCGCCUAACGCUGGACAUCCUCCCCUCAGGCGAAAGCCAACCUGGACCUCUGAGUGCUCGGGCAACAGGAAGCGGAGGAGAAAGGGUGUUCUCGUUCACUCCUCCGUCUCGCACAGCAGCAGCAAAUCCCAGUAAUCCCAACAGCAGCUCUAGCAGCAUUAAUGCAACAAGCACCAACGGCACUGGCACAACAGGAAGUCUCUGUAACAGUACAAGUCACAGUAAUUUUAGUAACCAUGGGAACUUUAGUGCCAACACGAGGGCAAGCAACGGGGGCACCAAUGGCGGGUUGAGCAAUAACAUGAACACAGUUUCCACUGCAGCAUCAUCGCAACAAGAAACCAAUCAGCAACACUCACCCAAUGAUUCAGGAAUCUCAUUGGCUGAAGGAGACCUACUCGGUGUUUUGGUGGACGGUGGGGUGAAAAAGGCGGCAGGAGGGAGGGAUCAGGACUAAGAAAAGAGGGUGUGACUGACUGUUUUCGUAUCACAUGUGGAAUUCAAAAUAUUUCAGCUAAACAUGUACCGAUCGGUGUUACAAUCUGAAAUGCAUUACAGUUAUUUGUAGCACUGUGCACAACUGUAAACACAAAGUUAAUCUCUACUUACAUGUAAACCCUUACAGAACACUUAACCUACUUGUGAUUCAGAAAGCACCAUAUGAGAUUUUACAGUCAACUAUGAAAGAAAAUUAGAAACACUUUCCAGUUUCCUCUGAUGUUCAGCGGCAAGGAGG